AAUACCAUACCAAGCUUUUACCUAAUAUCCCGACUGUAAAUAUUAAUAUAUAACUUGUAAAUAAAGAUUAAAAUAAGCCAUAAUGAAUGGGAAACUUCUGUUUAACGCGAUUCGCGCUCUACGAAGCGGCGGUUGUAAUUUGUCUCAAGCGCGGAAGUAUGCCACUCCGCCUAAAAGGUUUUACAAGAAGACAUCUGUUCUGAGCAGCGAUGGAGGAUACGAGGUGGUGCUGGACCACCGGAAGCUAAAGACCCCCAAGGGGUCACCAUUCACAGUGCGCAGCGAACCCCUUGCCAUAGCCGUGGCCACUGAAUUUGAUGCCCAAAAGGAACACAUCGAACGAUCCCGCAUGCACCUCUCCGCGCUCUGCUUUACGGCCAUCGAUAAUCCGAACAAUCUAACCAAGCUGGACAUGGUUAACUACCUUCUAAACUUUAUCCCAACCGACACAGUCCUCUUCCAGUAUGAUGACGAGAAAGCUCUUCAGGAAUUGCAGCAAAAUGAAUGGGAUCCUGUUAUUGACUGGUUCAACCAACGCUUCGAGGUCAACCUUCAGAAGACCAUGAACAUAACGCCUCCCCAAGUCAGUGAGGCAGACAAAAUUAAAAUUGCCAAGCACCUUCAUUCCUACAGCUUAGAAACACUGCAUGGAUUUGUAUUCGCUGUGGAUACUUUGAAGUCCAUUAUUCUGGCGUGCGCUGUCAUCGAGCAAAUGCUGCCCGUGGAGAAGGCUGUAGCGUUGGCCCGCUUAGAAGAGGAGUAUCAACUGAAGUUCUGGGGCCGUGUGGAGUGGGCCCACGACCUCAGCCAACAGGAGUUGCAGGCCCGAUUGGCGGCCUCCGUGUUGUACGUUCACCUCAACUGUUCAGAUAGUUUUGUGAAAGAAAAGUUGAUUCUGUAAAUGUUAUAAGAAUGUUAAAUUUUAAUCAUAAA